AUGGCAGCCCAGGAGCUGGUGGCCUGCCUCUGCCGGGAGGGGGACCAGCACCUGGCCCUGGGGGAGCCCCCAUUGGCCACCGCCUUCUACCUGGCCGCCUUCAGCUGCCACGCCCCCUCCGCGGUGCGGCGCGUCCGGGCGGCCCUGGCCGAGGCCCGGGGGGCCCCCGUGCUGGCCACGCUGGAGGCCUGGUGCCGGGGAGAGAGCCAGAUCCCCGCCAUUCACUGGGAUGGCAUGGCCGUGGUGUCGCUGACCGGCACGCUGGCCUGCGCCUUCCUGGCCACGCUGUGCCCGGACCACCCGGCCGCGGCGCUGCACGCGCUGGCCGGCCUGCUGGCCCGCGGGCGCCACGGGGAGGUGGUGCGGCGCUGCGGCGCCCUGCUGGCCGCCCACUCCCGGCAGGGGCUGGCGCUGCAGUUGACCCGCGCCCUGGCCCGCAUUCUGUCGGGGGCGCAGGUGGACGCCGGCCUGGCCGACUACCUGCAGGCCUUCGCCGCCACGGCCGACCGCACUGUGGCCUUCGUCCUCACCCACCAGCGGCCCUACCUGCCCGUGCUGGUCAGCGCCCUCCAGGCCCACCUCGCGGGGCGGGAGCAGGCCAGGGGCGGCGCCGGCCAGCAGGAGGGCACGGACAGUGCCGGCCAACAGGAGGCCGACGGCUGGAGGCUCCUGGCCGCCCUGGACCCCGGGGGCACCUGGAGCGACGCCCUCUCCCCCGACGCCCUGCUCCGCAGUGGCCGCUACGAGGACUGCCGUGCGGCCUGCAGCCGGGCCCUGGAGGCCGACCCCGCGGGCAGCGGCUCCCAAGGUGAGCGCCUGGCCGCCCUGCUGGUCACCCGCGCGGCCGCCGCCUUCUUCCUGGACCGCGGCGCCCCGGACCUGCUCCGCGACCUGCACGACGCCUUCGGGGAGAGCCCGGCGGCCGCGCGCCGGCAGCUGGCGGCGGUGCUGGCGGCGGCGGACCGGGCGCGGGUGCUGGCGCUGCUGCGCGAGGCGGCGGACGCGGGGCUCGCGCUGUUCCGGGAGGCCGUGCGCGGCCGCGCCGAGCUCCGCCGCGACUCGGGCCGCGAGCUGCUGGCCCCGGCGGCGCGCGCGCUGCGGGUGCUGGUGCGGGUGGCGCCGCCCGGGGCGCGCCGGGCGCUGGGGGCGCGGCUGGCCGAGUGCCUGCUGCUGGCGGGGGACGCGGGCGGCGCGCGGGCGCUGUGCGAGCGGCUGCUCCGGCCCCGGCGCCGCGGCGGGGCCUCCGGGGACCCAGGCUCCGGGGACCGGGCGGGGGCCCGAGCGGGCGGGGGCUCCGGGGACGGUGCCGGGGACGGAGCGGGGGACGGAGCCGGGGACGGAGCCGGGGACCGCGCGCCGCUGCUGGCGCUCCGCGGCUUCUGCGCGCUGCACGCGGGGGACGCGGCGGGCGCGCGGGCGGACUUCCAGGCGGCGGUGGCGGGGGGCCCCCCGCACCCCCGCGGCUGCGUGCGCGCCCUGUGCGGCCGCGGGCUGCUGCGCGUGCUGGCGGGCAGCGCCUUCCUGGGCGCCCGGGACUACGUCACCGCCUGCCGGCUGCGCCCCGAGGAGGCCCUGCUGGUGGCCAAGGCCCUCGUGCCCUGGAACCUGCGCGGGCUGCUGCGGACCGUGCUGCGCGAGGAGGCCGGCGGCAUGCUCCGGCGGAGGCCCGGCCCGGCGCCCCCUGCGCCCACCGCACCCACCGCACCCACCGCACCCACGGGCGCGCGGGGCCGCCGGAGCCAGGCCGCGGAGACCGAGGGCGCCGAUGAGCAGGAGGAGCCGGACAGGGACGCCGAGGACGUGUACCAGCUGGCCACGCUGCUGAUGGAGCUGGACGCGGAGGACGAGGUGUCCCGCCUGCUGGCGGCCGACGCCCUGUACCGCCUGGGCCGCCUGGACGACGCCCACAAGGCGCUGCUGGUGGCGCUGUCCCGCCGGCCCCAGGCGGCGCCCGUGCUGGCGCGGCUGGCGCUGCUGCAGCUGCGGAGGGGCUUCUGCUACGACGCCAACCAGCUGGUGAAGAAGGUGGUGCAGUCCGGGGACACGGCCUGCCUGCAGCCCACGCUGGACGUGUUCCGCCCGGAGGACCGGCAGCUGCUGCGGAGCCACUGCCACGCCCGGGCGCUGGCCCUCCUGCGGGCGCAGCCGGGCGGCGCGGAGGACGAGGCCCGCACCAGGGAGGCCGUCGCCUACCUCUCUCUGGCCAUCUUCGCUGCAGGGGGCCAGGCCGGCGAGUCGCUGCUCACCCGCGCCCGCUGCUACGCGCUCCUGGGCCAGAGGAAGACCGCCCUGUUCGACUUCAACGCCGUGCUGAGGGCCGAGCCGGGCCACGUGCGGGCGCUGUGCGGGCGGGCGCUCCUGCACCUGGCGCUGGGCCAGCAGCAGGAGGCCGUGGCCGACGUGCUCUCGGCGCUGAGGCUGGACCCGGGCUCGGCGGUCGCUGAGCUCCGCUCCCUGAAGCCGGAGGCCCAGGCCCUCAUCGCGCAGGGCCUGUCCUCCCACUGCCGGGGCCUCCUGAGCCGGCGGCCGGGCCCCGGGGCCCCGCUCAGCGACAGCGACGUCCAGGGCCUCCUGGCCGCGGGGGAGGCGCUGGCGGAGAUGGAUGCGGGGCAGGCGCAAGGGCACCUCCUCCUGGCCGACCUGCUCGUGGCCCUGGGCAGCUAUGAGGAGGCGGGCGCCCGCCUCCAGGACGCCCUGCGCCCUUCCCCACCCUCGGAGGCGGCCCGGGCCCGGCUCGGCCUGCUCAGCCUCAAGAAGGGAGACGUGCCGGCCGCUGCCCGGGACCUGCAGUGCCUGGCGGAGACGGACGCCGGGGACCUCGGCUUCCUGCUUAGUCUCCUGGAGGCCUCGGAGCGGCAGGGCCUGGCCCAGGCCGCAGCCCAGGAAGCCAGCGCCCUCCUGACCGCGGGGCAGCCCGGGCAGGCGCUGGGCUACUGCUCGCUGGCCGUCCUGGCCGGCGGGCGCAGGGCCGGCCACCUGCGCCUGCGGGCCGCCGUCCUGGCCGAGCUGCAGGAGUGCGGCCGGGCCCUGGCCGACCUGGACCUGGUGCUCCGCGAGGGCGCGGGGGACGGCCCGCGGCGGGCGGAGGACCUGUGCUCCCGGGGCCGCCUGCUCCUGAGCCUGGGGGACGAGGCGGGGGCCGCCGGGGCCUUCGCCCAGGCCCUGGCGCUGGCGCCCGCCCCGGCCCAGAGCAGCCUGUGGGCGCGGCCCGGCCGGGCCCCGGCCGCCCGGGUGCUGCUGGGCCUCGGGCAGCGCUGCCUGCAGGAGCGGCGGUACCAGGAGGCCUGGGCGGCGGCCGAGGGCGGGCUGCUGCUGGACCCGGAGCACUGCGGCCUGCGGAGGCUGAAGGCGCGGCUCCGGAGGGAGGCGGCCUCCGGCUGCCGGCUCCACUGA